AUGGCUCGGAUCACAACACCGAGCCUCACGGCCGUCAAGGCUCCCUUCCAGUCCAAGGAAACAUUUGUCUCGUGGCUGGAGGCCCCCGUCGGCACCGAAGAUGGACGGCCCCCCAUCGGCGACCCGGGCUGGUCAAACAUGGACCUGGAGCCGACGCCGCCGGAGCAGAGAACCUGGACUUGGUUCAACCUGCCAAUGUACUGGUUCUCCACCAUGUUUGGCAUCACGGGGUGGAACGUGGCCGCCUCGCUCAUCGUCGUCGGCCUGACCUGGCAGCAGGCCUUUAUCUCGUGCAUCCUCGGUGCUCUGUUGGCGUCCAUUGUCGUGGUGGCCAUGGCUCGUCCAGGUGCAAAAUACCACAUUGGAUAUCCCGUCCUCGCGCGUUCCGUCGUCGGCAUGUACGGAGCCUACUUCUUCGUCUUCAUCCGCGCCGUGGUCUGCAUCGUCUGGUUCGGCAUCCAGACCUUUUACGGCGGCAACCUCCUCAGCGUGUGCUUCCGCUGCAUAUUCGGCGACGCGUGGCACCUGUGGCCCAACAGGCUCCCCGCCGACGCCGACGUCACCUCCAAGCAGCUCCUCGCCUUCUUCCUGGUCUGGCUGCUCAAGUUCCCCUUCACCUGGGUGCACCCGACCAGGAUCCACUACAUCUUCACCGUCAAGGGCGUCGUCAUGCCCGUCGCCUGCCUCGGCCUGUUCGGCUGGUGCAUGGCCAGCGGCACCGGCGUGGCCGACAUCAACAAGGCCAACGCCGACGGCCAGGAGGCCGCCUCCAGCACCCCGCUCGGCUGGGCCCUCAUGAGCGGCAUCAACGUCAUCAUGGGCUCGCUGUCGCCCAUGCUGGUCAACCAGCCCGACCUGGCCCGCUACGUCCAGAAGCCGCGCGACGCCGGCCUGCUGCAGGGCCUCUGCGUCUUCUUCGGCCAGGUCCUCGUCUUCUUCCUCGGCCUCGCCUCCACCACCUCCAUCCAGGGCAAGUGGGGAGAGGCCUACUGGAACCCCUGGGACCUGCUGGACGCCAUUCUGGAUCACUACUGGACCCCCGGCGGACGCGCCGGCGUCUUCUUCGUCUCGCUCAGUUUCCUGUUUGCCGUGUUUGCUACCAACCUCGGCUGCAACUCCAUCCCCUUUGGUGCAGACAUGACGGGGCUCUUCCCCAGGUGGCUCACCAUCAAGAGGGGGCAGAUCCUCUGCGCAAUCCUGGGUGUCGCCGUCGUGCCGUGGAAGCUUAUUGCAGGUGCCGAGGCGUUC